GUCAAAGCUGUAGAAUUUCUCGCGUGCCAUCUUUAUCACACAAGGGCUUCCCGAACGGUGUCUCAGUCUUUUCAUCUUGACUACGCUCUAGCCCAUCACGAUUACUUAGUCAGAACCUAUUGUUUCAGAGUCUGAAAAGCCCCUCAUCCUUAAGCUGUUGAUUCUUGAGAAAAAAUGGCUAUGCACGACGCUGCGAUCACCCUCAUAGUCGGUUCUUGAAUGCGACCUUGCACGGGUGGUCUAAUGUCAUUUUUGCAUUUCACGUAGAAGUAGCGCAACAAAUCUGCCAAACUAUGCUACGGCCACUUGGGGUCCCACCUCUGCCUGCGAAGGUGAAGAGUCUACCUCCAUAGAAGCGAAGAAGACCGGGAAAUCAAGGCAAAAAAAGUUUUUUUGCGAACAACUUACGAUAAGAAAGCAGCAUGACCAAGAAGAAUUGAGGAACACAAACACGAUGAGCUCUUCCAGCACCAACGGUAGCACAUCAUCUGCGGCACCAAUAGCGCAGGUCGGCAAUGUGCGUUUCGACGUUUUCUGCCGAUUCCUUGAGAAUUUACACCGCAGUCGCAAGAAGAAGGAUAAGCUCGAAACUUUGUGGGGUUUUUUGAGACCCGUGUCCGAUGGCGACCUGUGGCCGGCCUUUCGACUGAUAUUUCCUCACGCGGAUCGCCACCGCGGUAAUUACGAGAUGAAGGAGAACAAGCUUGGGAAGCUUUUGGCCGAAGUGUUGGGUGUACCUGAUAAAGAAAAACGGCGCUUACUCGGGUUCCGAGACGCGGCUUUGCAGGAGGGCUUCCGCUGCAUUCCCGGUGACUUCUCCAGUGUACUCUUCUCUCUAGUCGAAAUUCGCGCCAACUACGCUUCUGGUGGUCUUACAGUGUCAGACGUGAACCGCGUACUAGACCAGCUCUCAGUGGAAUACGAAGACUUGCAACCAGUGCAGGCACCACAAGGCGAUGCUGAGGCAGCAGCGGGAGCGACGACUGCCGCAGGUGAACAAGAGGGCAAGGGAAAUGCUGCAGCAGGCGCCACAGCAGGAGCAGGCUCAGGCACAAAGCAGGACAAAUCAUCGUUCCGUGUGCUUCUAGCUGGAGUACGGAAGAUGUCCCCAGUGGAAAUCAAAUGGCUUGCACGAUUUGUGCUGAAAGAUACGAAGCUUGGGUUUUCCCCAGAAUCUGUGCUUGCGCGAUUUCACAAAGAUGCCCUGCCCCUGUACCAAGAAGUUGCAGACUUGAAAAUGGUACUCGACCGCCUGCGACUAGGCGUGAACUCGACCGAGAGCCUGUCUAGUGUGAAUUUCCUCUUCCAGCGAAUCCAGCCCAUGCUUAGUGGCCGCUUGGGAGUGGAACAAUGCGACGCAAAAUUAUUUCAGUGGUACGCAAAAAAGCAAGCGGCUGAGGCGCAGGCAAGAGAGCAACAGCAACAGCAAACUGGGGGAAAAAGAAAGCAAGCAGACACUUCUGGUCGUGAAGAUGAGGCUCCUUGGAACUCCGUGGCUGAUGGUGCGCAGAGAGGGCAUGCCGAUGCUGGUGACGGGCAACACGGAGUGUCAUUGGAUGAUGCAAACAAAGACAAGGAUGAGGAAUCUGUUGCAACAGGAGGUGAAGGAAAUCCACAAUUUGCAGCAAGUGAAGCGGGAGAAAAGCCUGCUUAUUUUAUUGAGACAAAGCUAGAUGGAGAGCGCAUGGUCUGCCACAUCGAUAAAGUGCAGGGCCGGUUAGAACUGUUCACGCGGAAUGGUAAUGACUACACGCCCAAAUACGGCCCGCAGAUGAAGGAGACCAUUUUGUCGUGCUUCGGUGGGGAACAGGGAAUUUUGGACGGCGAAAUUCUAGGUUUUGAUGAGAGCCUGCAGACUUUCCUGCCGUUUGGUACCAAUCGCAAUUGCAGCUUGGACUUGAGCGGCAAGACGCACUUGUGCUACAUGGUUUUCGACAUUCUCAUGUUCAAGGGUAAGAGCGAGCAACGUAUAUACGACUUGCGCAGUAACACGCUCGCCACUAGGAAGAACGUUUUGCACAAGGUAGUCAGGCAGAAGAAGAACUGGGUGGAAUUAGUGGAACCCAGAGGGCCAUACAGCACCGUGGAGGAAAUCGAGCAGGAAUUGACCCAAGCUGUGGAACGGAGGGAGGAAGGUAUCAUGGUGAAGCAUACCGGAAGCAGGUACAGAUUCAACAGUCGGAAAGCUGGAUGGUGGAAGCUGAAACCAGAGUACGGCAGUCGCUACGCCGAUCAUCUAGACCUCGUGGUUAUUGGCGGUUACUUUGCGGACACGCAGACGCGGCGGCGCGGCGGCACCGACUUAGUGGACAACGUGAGUAAGUUCCUCUUAGCCCUGCGCGUUGGUGGGGGAGGGACGGAGGAGGGAGAUGAAAACAGAAACGGAGAUGCUGACCCGGAAAAUGCGGUUAUGGGCGAUGACAAGAAUGCGGAUGGCGAAGCUGCUGGUGAACACGAAGAGAGUGCUGCUGCAGCUAUUGCGGGGAUGAAGCCGCUGCGCCGUGGCGACGGCGGUAAGGAUAAUGGCACGAGACAGGUCGUCUCCUUUGCUAAAGUAGCCACGGGGUACAGCCACGACGAGCUGUCGAAUAUUUGCGAGCUUUUGCGUCCCUACGUUGUCCGCUACGAUGCUGCCAAACCGCCGUCAUGGCUUCCGUACAAGUUCCCCGCUCAUACGAGGCCGGAUGUCGUCUACCGAAAUCUGGAGGAUGCCAAUGUCGUUCUGGAAAUCGAGGCAAGCGAGAUUGUGCGGUCGGUGGAUUUCGAACUAGGCUACACGAUGCGCUUCCCGCGCUGCGUGCGCAUGCGCGACGACAAGGGUUUCGAUGAAAGUAUGAGUUUCGAAGAAUUGCAGGAAUUCAUGCAAGCCGAAGCGGCCAGUCAGCGUUUCAGUCUCGCAAUGGGCCGUAGAAAACGCGCUGGGGACACCGAAGGCGACGAAAAGCUCAUGGAUGCCGCAGUAGAGAAGCAAAAACAAAAGAUGCCAAGGGUUGUAAAGAAACCGAAAGUGGUCGGAAAAAUUGGCGGUGACCAUCUCGGCUUGCCGUCCGAUGACGAGCAGAAAGACUUGAUGAAUACGGCAAGAAAUCAGAUUUUGUUAAGCGGAUUGCGGGCAACAAAGGACAAAACGGGACUACAACAAGGGCCGCCUCCUACCAGUUUGGCUAGUCUGUUGCAUUUUGCAGUCGCGUCAGCCGUGGAAGACCCGGAGCGUGCACUCCAAGUAUUUCGUGGCCUCGAGAUUUGCGUCCUUAACGGGCCUGACGGUCGUCGCCACGUUCUGGAUCGCCUACUGCAAGACUACGGAGCACGUGUGGUUGCGCAGUUUCGGAAAGACCACACUGAUUUGGUCGUUGCUGGUGGGGUCGACAUUCGCGUGCGCAAUCAUCUCAAAGUGUGUCGGACUGACGUCAUGCAUGCAGCCUAUCUACUCGAAUGCAUCCACGACCAGAUUAGCCGGAGGUCCUCGAAUACACGGGACCAAGCACAGAAGAUAGAGGAUGAACAAAGAGAUGUAACCCUUCAAGCGGCAGGCGAAGCAAGUGUCGGCUUUCGCAUGAAGUCGUUGCGUCGUCUUCUUAUUCCACGCAAGCGGCAUUUUUUGCUUUCAACGCCGAAGACACAAAAACAGCUCGACUUGGACUCCGACAAAUUCGGGGACAGUUUCACGGUGGAGAUGACCCGUGCCGAUUGGGACGCAAUCGAGGAAGCGGUACCGCGAGAAGCAGAGAACGAAUUUGGUGAAGAUGUCAUCAAUGGAGCCAUCAUGGAGUUGCAGGUCCCGGAGGGUGGUGGCUUGGGCUUCUUUUAGAUCUAGUGCCAUUGACAAUACGCUUACGAAUCGACAUGAUCAUGAAGAUUGAUACAGGACUAGUUGUACAAUUCAUCUGCGCAACUCGACGAAGACGAACGAUACGGAUAUAUGCAUGUGGAUCAUCAGGGUUUUCAGCAUGUUCUGUCUCUGUGUUGUAAGACAAACGGAUAAGAGUUAGUAUGUGGCAGUCGUUUCUCGUUACAAAUUCGCAAAAGGGCUUACACGAGUGAAAACCAGAGAUGAGAAUGAUAUUCGUUUGAACAUUGCAAAUGGUGCACAUUCUGGCCCUUUGGACAUGAAACGAAUCAUCACUCCAAACACCCUAGGUCUUUAGGUUUUAGGCCCUGAGUUUGAUACUGAUACGAUUUGGACAAGAGCUAGAGGCACUAGAUUGAGUAAGUGCUGAGUAGCACUAGAAUAUCUGCGAGUGUUCACCGGAG